AGCUGCUAAGCCCCGCCCUCAGUGUGCACGAGACCGCAGGAUGGGGUUUGGCUGCUACACACUACGGGAGCCGUGAAGGGACACACGCCUCUGUACUCUUCAGUGCAGCAGGGUGUAAGAAUACAGCUAGGAAUGAAGUUUUGAAGUUUUUAUAAUAUCAGCUUGCUUUUUUAAAUAGUCAGUAUUUGAAACAUUUUAAGCGUUUAUCUUAUUAGUGUCAUUGCUGGCUAAUGCUGAGUAAAUGCCUGUCUCACUCGAAGGUAUUUGAAGCGUUUUGUUGCUGUUUUUCUAAGUGAUGUGUAAGUAAGAAUGUGUGAGUUUCCAGAAGCUGCUGAGAGGAAACAGUAACCCAGUUAGUGCGCGUGCUUCUCCUCGCGCGAGGACAGCUUUCCAUCAUGCAGCAGGAGCAUUUGUUCAAGGUUCUUGUGAUUGGAGACCUCGGAGUUGGAAAAACGUCUAUUAUUAAGCGAUAUGUUCAUCAGAUUUUCUCUCAGCACUACCGCGCUACUAUAGGCGUCGACUUUGCGCUCAAAGUGCUGAACUGGGACAAUCACACAGUCAUCCGCUUACAGUUAUGGGACAUUGCAGGUCAGGAGCGCUACGGCAAUAUGACCCGGGUGUAUUACCGCGAGGCUGUAGGAGCUCUGAUAGUAUUUGAUGUGACCAGAGCGUCGACAUUUGAUGCGGUACCAAAGUGGAAAGAUGAUCUGGACGCAAAGGUUACUCUCAGCAAUGGCAAACCCGUCCCAGCGGUUCUGCUGGCCAAUAAGUCUGACCAGUCACGCGACGGCCUGUCCACUGAGAUUCCCAAUCUCAACACAUUUUGCAAAGAAAACGGAUUUGUGGGCUGGUUCGAAACAUCAGCCAAGGAAAACACCAAUAUUGAAGCAGCAAUCAGGUGCCUGGUGGAAAACAUAUUGGCCCAUGAGGAGAACGCUGUCAGCGAGUCAGACCCGAACACGGUGACCCUGUCCGGCAACAACAACACCAAAGAUCGUGGCAAAGCCAAAUGCUCUGCAUGUCCCAAAUAGUGAGACUGAUGGUGAGGAGGAGCAGAAGUCAGAGAGAGAGAGAGAGAGAGAGAGAGAGCGUGAGAAAAGGGCACAGAGUUACUGGACUGGCUUCUCCCUCAAAAAAGCAAUUAAGAUAAGGCUCUGCAGUAAAGCAUCAGAAACAAAAAAAACACAUUGCUGGUUUAUAUUCCUAUAGCAUUUCCUCUACAGUACAGACCCAAUAACUGGUGGAGUAUGUACACAGCCAAAAGACCAAAAAAGCACUGUGAAGAAAAAUGACAAAGCCUCUUUACUCAGUUUGUGAGCAGCAUGAGAUUUGCAGGCUGAUGAACCAACAGAUCAAUGAUUAACCCAUUUAUGCACUAACAUUUACCUCAUUUGCUAAUGAAACCUAUAAUUGAGACAGUUGAGCGUUCGAGGGUUAAGGGAUUUGCUCAUGGACCCAACAGUGGCAUUCGAUGGUGCUGGGAUUUGAGCUUAUGAUCUUCUGAUCAGUAGCUCAGUAACCCAAUGAACUUAACUACUGAGAUACCAUUUAAAAAACAAAUAACAGUAUGAAAAUGGCUCUGACAUGGAUACUUCAAGGGGUUGGGAGACGUAUUUGCAACCCUCAGUGUGUGGGUACAUGCAAGUUUUCAGGGAAUAAUAAUAAUAAUAAUAAUAAUAAUAAUUUGUUUUUGAAAUAACUGCUUUAUCCUGGUCAGCAUGGUGCCAGAGCUUAUCCCUGGAACACAGCACAUGAGGGGGGAAUACACCCUGAAUGGGAAGCCAGUCAAUCAUAGGGCUCCAUGCGAACACAUAUUCACAACUAGGGGCAAAUUAAAUGUCAUGCCAUGUUUUCGGGAGGUGGAAGGAAACCACAGAACCCAGAAGAACCCCACAGAAGAGAAUAUACAGAACUCAGCACAGGCCAUAACCCAAGCUCAGGAUUGGACCAAUAAUAAUAAUAAUAAUAAUAAUAAUAAUAAUAAUAAUCAUUUAUUUUUAAUGUGCCUUUUCCGAUCUCAAGAUUGCUUUACAAAAAAAAAAGAUGAAA